GCGCUUGCGUUCGGCGACAGUGUUCAUUUGGACAGCGCUCUGACAAGUCGUUGAGCUCGAAGCUCUGUGAGUUGAAUUAUUGAAUUUUGUUAAUUUGAUCUCUGAACCUGACUCAAGUACACCGCAAUCAUGACGAUGGCAAUGUUACAACGGCGAGCCAACGUUCGGCUCCCCCCAGAGGUCAACAGAGUUUUGUAUAUAAGAAACCUGCCGUACAAAAUCACCGCUGAAGAAAUGUAUGACAUAUUUGGUAAAUACGGAGCAAUACGGCAGAUCAGAGUAGGAAAUACGGCAGAGACGAGAGGAACAGCAUUUGUGGUUUAUGAAGAUAUCUUUGAUGCAAAAAACGCCUGCGAUCACCUGAGUGGUUUCAAUGUCUGUAACCGUUACCUAGUGGUACUGUAUUACCAAAGUAACAAGGCGUUCAAACGCGUCGACGUUGAUAAGAAGAUGGAGGAAAUUGAUAAGCUGAAAACGAAGUACAACCUCAAUGAAGAAAAGAAACCGUAAUGUUAAGAAAUUUAAGUGAUAUUUUGAACAAUUACAAAGUAUCGCUACUGUGAAUGCGGCAGUUGCUGCAUAAUCAUGAGUGGUUCAAUUAUGUGGCAAAUGUAAGUGUCUGCCUGACUUGUGUGAAGUUAUUUCCUAUCAAAGCGAGAGGUAUGAUAAGCCCGAUCCUAUUCUCUACUGCACUGUUUGCAGUUUAUUGUAAAUAUAAAAUGAUUUUAUAUUGCAUAUUUAUAAAUCAUCACCUACUUCGUGUUACAUUUAACGCAUCACGCACAAGAACAGUGUAGAAAAAAAAGCACUUUUAUAACCUAGUUUAUAGCAUUAGUAAACAAUAAGUGUGUUUAUUUUUAGUAGAUUGCUACAGGUUUUUGAAACAAGUGGCAUUAAACCAGUAAAAUCAACGUGAUAUUUAAUGACGAUGAAAAUUUCAAUCACGAAACAAAAUGAACUGCUGUUUCAUUUUCUAUUUAUUUUCAAAUUGCAAAUUUAACUUGUGAAUUUCAUGUGUUUGAGUACAAAAAAGGUAGUUUGUCAUUUCUUCAUCCAGUUAAAAAAUAAAAUUUUUUUGAUGUUGUAAUUCGUAACUACUAUUUAAUGGUAUCAAUAUCGAAAUAAAAACCAAAAAUGCCGUUCAA